UGAGUCAGAGGAGUGGAAUGGAUCCAGGCAAGUCCGGAGAAAACUAUUUAAAUGGGGGGAGCUGCAAAGAGGCAUGUAUCAUCUCUCUGUGAUAUUAAAUGUUACAGGAGUAAAGUCCAAAAACACAGGAUGCACAUCCUUCUGGCUCUUCUUUAUGUCUCCAUUGUAGCGGCUCCUGGAUGUUCAAGUCUUCCCACAAAGGGAGACUCAAUCAGAAAUACCAUACACAGCAUAAUGAAUAUAGUUCAGAUAACUCUGGUCCACAUUAAGAAACUAAGGACAAAGGUAUUUGCCGUGGCUCCACAGAUAGAACUGAGCACUCCUUCCAUUGAGGGACUAACUAGUAUCAGCCAUGACCUGGGACUUUUGGAUAAUGAACUGCAGAGCCCAUUCACAGAGCUCCUCAGUCAGAUCCAGGCUGAUGUAUCCAGCUUGGAGGGAAGAGUGCGAUCCUUGGCCAUUACAAUGGAAUGUCCCAUCCAGGCCAGACCCGGAGGACAUAUCAGUAACAAUUCGUUCCCCGACAGUCACCUUUACCAGACUCUGACUAAGGUGCAGCGCUACCUGGAAAAGUUUCUUCUCAGCAAGGACAAACUCAAGGUUUGCUGAGAAAAACACUUAAAUCACACAUAUGCCAAAUCUUGUCAUAAUGCAAAUAUAAAGGCUUAUUUGCACAGUGUAGUCAACAGUAUUUUUAAAAUAAUAUUACACAUAGUCACAUAGUGAUGACCAAGCAUGUGAAAAACAUUUUAAAAUAAUUCUCAAUACUCAAAAAUGCUUAUCAUCUGGUUGCUAAAAAUUGCAUGUAAGGCAAGUAGCUUCUGAUGUGCUGAUUUUUAUGUACAUUUGUGUAACAUUUUGUCCAAGAUUUUAUAGAAG